AUGUGUGGAGGAACCAAGUUUCUUUCAGUUCUCACAAUUCUCAUCUUCUUGCAGCUCUCUGACACCCCAUUUGCCGAACAGAAUCAGCGGUGUGCACCUUCUAGUUGUGGGCAUAUUAAGAACAUCAGCUACCCCUUUCGAUUUAAAAAUGAUCCAAAGCAUUGUGGCGACGAAAAGUAUGAAUUGAGCUGUGAAGGGAAUCGCCCCAUAUUCACGAUAUUUAUGAAAAGUUGGAAUGGGUCCCUGAACUACCAUGUGCAAGCCAUCAACUAUGAUAACUCCACUAUCCGCCUUGUAGAUCCUUGUAUAAGAGAACAAGUUCUUUGCUCUCUUCCUCAGCAUUCAAUUACAUUUUACACUAUCCCUUUUCAAUUUAGUUUUACUAAACCUGAUGGUUCAUAUGCUCCUUUAGCCGUGCCAAUCACUAUUUUCAGCUGUCCAUUUGCUAUGAAUUCUCCCGCUUUUGUGGAAAUCACUAAUUGUCUCAACAGGAGUGAUGCUUCCAAGGGACACGCCUAUGCAGCCAUGGGCAAAUUAUCACCAUCUAAUUUGAGAGUGGGGUGUAGUGUAAACCUACUGUCAAUGACUUAA